CGGUCAGCGCCUGUGAAGAAGAUGGAUUUUUACUACCAUCCUGCCUCGCCCUACUGCCGAUCGGUGAUGCUGGUCGCGAAAGCUCUCAAGCUGAACCUCAACCUGCAGUACAUUGACAUAAUGAAGGAUGAACAGCUGCGGCCCGCCUUCACCACGCUGAACCCGUUCCAUUGCGUCCCGACACUGGUGGAUAACGAUUUGACACUGUGGGAGUCACGUGCCAUACUGGUGUAUCUUGUCGACAAGUACGGACGCACCAACAGCCGUCUAUACCCGAAGGAUGCACAGGCCCGGGCCCUCAUUAAUCAGCGGCUCUUUUUCGACCACGGAACGCUCAGUGCCCGGCUGGACGAUUACUUCUAUCCGCUGUACUUCGAGGGUGCCGCACCCGGUGGCGAAAAGCUCGAAAAGCUCGAGGAAGCGCUAAGUUUGCUGAACGGAUUUUUGACCACCAAUCCGUAUGCGGCCGGACCGAACAUGACGCUGGCGGACUACAGUCUGGUGGCGACAGUAUCGUCCCUCGAGGCGGUACAGUACGAUCUCAGCAAGUAUCCGGCGAUUUCGGCAUGGUACGAAGCCUGCAAGGCAACGAUUGUCGACUUUGAGGAGAUCAACGAGGCCGGCAUGCAGCAGUACCGUGCGUACUUCGAGUCGGGACAAACUCCCGUUGCCUACUGA